AUGGAUAAGGGACUGGGUGGCAAGAUAGAAGCUAUUAAUAGAUCACAGAAAGAGAUGAGAGUGGAUAUACAAGCUGUUAGCAAAGAAAUGGGUGAAGAAAUUAAAAGGCUGGGUGAAACGUUUGAACAGCGUCUGAAGGGAUGUAAACAGGAAUUGGAAGAGGGAUUGGAAAAGAAAAUUUUGGAUUAUAAGUCAGUUAAUCACAAAGAUUUUGAGAAAGUUAAAGAUGAUGUUAAAGAGACUUUUAAAGAGACGGAGUUUGAGUUAAAUAAGAAGCAGCAGAAAUUUGAAAACAUUGUAAAGGAAAGUGUAGAAGGCUUGGAUAAAAACAUUAAAGCCCAAGCUACCGAAUGUAUGGAAGGGAAGGAGGAAAUUAAUGAUUACUGCAAAGGAAUUUUCCAUGAAUAUAGGCAAAAGACUAAGACAGAAGUGAAAGAUAUUAAAGAGACCACUUCUAAGAUUGAGACUAGAGUAGGGAGUUUUGAAAAGACGGUACAGGAUAAGCGGUUUACUCUAUCACCAAUAGUAGUACAGAUAAAGGAUGGAAGUAGUUUCAACAAUAUAAAUUUUGAUCCUAAUGGAGACGGAGAAGGUUUACAUUGGGGAGCUGAUGCACCAGAAAAAUAUGAAACAUUUGAUGAUUUUGUGUCAGCGUUUUUGAAAGAGUACUGGUCGAAAGAAAAACAUAGUGAUGUCAUAGAAGCUUUUAAGAAGGCUCCAUGGUAUGAUAGGAGGACUAGGGAGAAUAUGAGAGAAUAUUGUGAGAAGUGGAUCGUUAAAUCAAAUAGUCAGUCCACGCCACGUGAUGAUGAUGAUGAUGAUGAUGAUGAUGAUGAUGGUGAUGAUGAUGCCGACGUGGUGUUGUGGAUGGGCUGCAGGCCCUUCGAGCGUCGUGCCGCAGUCAGCGCCCCCUGA